AUGUUCCUUAUAUCUCAACGGUGGUUAGUGAAUAGCAGCCGCGCAAUAUGCCUUAGAAGAUUCUGCUCAAAACAACCACCAGAACUACCUGAAGAACCAACGACAUGUUGUAUGUCAGGGUGUGCCAAUUGCGUGUGGAUCGAGUAUGCGGACAAGGUCAGAAGUAUACUAGCAAACAGUGAUAGUAAACAAGUUUCACAAAUGGUGUUGGACAAAAUACAGGAUCCCAACAUGAAGGCUUUUUUAUCCAUGGAACUCAAAACAAAAGGCUUUUAG